AUGGUGACAUCGAUUACCAAGACGGACCACUACAUGAACUGGCCUAAUGCAUGCGGCUUCGACGUCACAUAUCAGGAGCUAGAGCCCAAGGAACUUGAAGUUUCAGGACACAUACCAGCCUAUUGCGCUGGCGUGCUAUAUCGAAAUGGAUUGGGUCCACUUGAAGUCCAGACUCGCCAGCAACACAAAACUUUCAAGACGAACCACUGGUUUGACUGUCUGGCACAGAUCCAUCGCUUCCAGAUCCUUGCUCCCACGAAGAAUGAUUCUCCGGUCCGCGUAUGGCACAACUCUCGACGUACGUGUGAUGGUCUUCUCAAACAGAUAUCCGAGACUGGCGACAUGUCUGGUAUCACUUUCGCGGCAAAGUACGAACCUUGCAAGACCUUCUUCAAGAAGCUGCAAUCUGUUUUCUACUCUAUGCAUACCCCCAUUGAGACUCCCGACUCCGUGAACAUCUGUGUGACGCCAUCUCCCAACAUGCCUGGCUUCUCAACAAACGCUUUCAAGAAGACUGGAGCACAAGAUAGCGGCAAUGUACAGACUUUGAUCAACAAGACUGAUGCCACUGUCGUUCAAGCUCUCGAUCCUGUGACUUUGGAGCCUUUGGGGAUCGCUCGUCAAACAGUGCUCCAUCCUGACUUGAAGGGGGCCUUGUCUGGCGCGCACGCUAAAGUAUGCCCAAAAACAGGCGAUUGGUACAACUUUAAUCUGGACUUUGAACGCACUGGUACAUACCGCGUCUUCACGGUGUCUGCGACUACAGAGAAGACCGAGAUUCUAGCAACCAUUGCUACGACUCCUGCAUACCUACACUCGUCCUUGUUGACGGACAACUACUUUGUCCUUUGCGUUUGGAACUCACACAUCUCUGCUGGAGGUGUUUCCAUUCUUUGGAAGCAAAAUAUUUGUGAAGCACUCAGCACAUUCGACUCGACCAAAACCGCCAAGUGGUACGUGAUUGAUCGCAAACCAGCCAGCCAGGGAGGAAAAGGUCUCGUCUCCACAUUCGACUCGGACCCUUUCUUCUGCUUCCACACCAUCAAUGCUUACGAAGUGACCUCGGAGGAUGAUCCCAAGAGCAUCGAUAUCGUCGCAGAUCUCUGCGCCUAUGACAACAUAGAUGUGUUGCAGCGCUUCUACAUCGAUAACCUACGCUCCGACUCUGCGACUGCAAAAGCAUACUCUCAUCCCGACAAUGCCAACUCAAAGGCAUACUUCCGAUCCUUUAAAUUGCCAGGCAUCAACACUGCUUUUUCUCCGACGGAAGCGAAAAAAGCCAUCAAUGUCGCAAGAGGAGACAAAGGACUAGCCCCCGAACUUCCCUCCAUAAACCACGCCUUCCGCGGUCGCAACUACCGUUACGUCUACGGCGUCACCGACACAGGCAAAAGCACCUUCUUCGACGGCCUUGUCAAGUACGAUACCAGGACCAAUACUCCAGCAGCUGUGUGGAGUGUCCAUGGCCAUUCAGCCGGUGAACCAAUUUUCAUUGCCGAUCCUGAUGCAAAAGCCGAAGAAGAGGAUGCAGGUGUUGUGAUCACUGCUGUUCUUGAUGGUGUGAAUGAGAGGAGUUAUCUGCUCGUUCUUGAUGCGAAGGAUCUGAAGGAGGUUGGGAGGGCUACCAUGACUGGUGAGCGAGGUAAAUGUCACAUUGGGUUUGGGUUUCAUGGUGCUCAUGUCAGGGAUCAGAAGGCCGUUAUUGAGGGAUGUUGA